AUGCACGCUCCAGCUCGCAGUCUGGGGUCGGCUCGGAAAAUCAUCGCGGAGCCAUUUGCGUCACCGAUCGACGAGCUGAGGGCUCCUCGACUUUCCCUCCACUUAUCUUUCUUUGAUCAGCAGUGUCGAUUUAUUCAGCCUGGCCUUGUUCGUGUCGUGAAGCUGUUCAUUCAACCGCCUCUUUACCGACAUUACUACACUCAACUGCAAGCUCUCACAGCCCUCGCAGCCCUCACAGCUCCCAACAUGUUCCGACCGGAUUACUGGGGCGACGACCCUAUGGAGGGGGUCUUUGGCUCCUCUAUGCUUCGCCAUGGUGCUUCGACCCGCCGCUUCGACGAGUACUACCGGUGUUACCCUGUCGCGAUGAUGCCCGGUCCCGAGAGAGAGAAUGUCAAUCACGGCGGCAAAGUGAUCAUGCCGCCUAGUGCUUUGGACAAGUUGACUCGUCUACAUAUCACAUACCCUAUGCUUUUUGAACUGCAUAAUGGUGCUCGGGAAAGGAUGACCCAUGCGGGUGUGUUGGAGUUUAUCGCUGAAGAGGGAAAGAUCUAUCUUCCUUACUGGUUGAUGCAAACCCUCCUUAUCGAGCCGGGCGAUCUCGUCCAGGUCAAAUCAACCGAUCUGCCACCUGGUCAAUUCAUCAAGCUUCAAGCCCAGUCGACUUCCUUCCUGGACAUUAGCGACCCCAAGGCCGUGUUGGAGAAUGCGUUCCGUAAUUUCUCUUGUCUCACCAAGGGCGACGUUUUCACUUUUUCCUAUAACGAUCAAGUCUACGAGAUGGCAGUCUUGGAGACAAAGCCGCCCACGGACUCGCAGGCGGUCUCCGUAUUAGAAACCGACCUGGAGGUCGACUUUGCACCGCCCAUGGGAUACGAGGAACCCCAACGACAGAGCGGCACCAGCACACCCCGGAGUGGUGCAAGUGGGAAGCUCCCAUCGGGUGGGUUGCUUCAUUCGCACGGGACGAUGGCUCAGGCGAUCAACUAUGCCGCCAUUGCCCCAGAUUCUACCGACGCGGCGACGGGAGCGAGAGCCGUGUCGUCCAACUUCCUUGUCGGUGGACACCGUCUGAAUGCUAAAAAGGGCAGCAAGACGCCAACCCCGAAGGCCUCAACGCCGGCGCCAGGAACCAGCAAUCCUCAACAUCCUCCCCCAGUCCGAAGAACAAACGGCCCCCAGCCGUUACGACUACCGCCCAACCAGCUGUUCCUUGGCUAUGCCAUCAAACCCGUCCAGAAGCGCGAUGAAAGCGGGCUAGUGAUGGACAACGAGAAACAACGCUUUCAGGGAACCGGACAGACGCUUCGGGGGAAGAAGAAGGACACGGGAGGGUCAUCGACUCCUACGUGA